GGGGCGGCCGUCUCGGCCCUCCCUGGCGGGGCCCCGCGGCCUGGGCGCCCGAGCGGGCCGAGCCGCCACCGCGGCUGGAGCUGUCCCCUCGCCAGAGCCGGCGCGGCGCGAGCGGCGGGAGGGAGGCGCGCCCCGCCCCGCCAGCCCGUCCGAGCGUCGGACGCGGCCCCCGCCGAGCCAUGGAGCCGGAGCCGGUGGAGGACUGUGUGCAGAGCACGCUCGCUGCACUUUACCCGCCCUUCGAGGCCACAGCACCCACUCUGCUGGGCCAGGUGUUCCAGGUGGUAGAGAGGACCUAUCGGGAGGAUGCGCUGAGGUACACGCUGGACUUUUUGGUGCCUGCCAAGCACCUGCUUGCCAAGGUCCAGCAGGAAGCCUGUGCCCAGUAUAGUGGUUUCCUCUUCUUCCACGAGGGCUGGCCGCUCUGCCUGCACGAGCAGGUGGUGGUGCAGCUCGCAGCCCUGCCCUGGCAGCUGCUCCGCCCGGGAGACUUCUACCUGCAAGUGGUGCCCUCGGCUGCCCAGGCACCCCGCCUGGCACUCAAGUGCCUGGCCCCAGGCGGUGGCCGCGUGCAGGAGCUGCCGGUUCCUCAUGAAGCCUGUUCUUACCUGUUCACACCCGAGUGGCUGCAAGGCAUCAAUAAGGACCGGCCCACAGGUCGCCUCAGUACCUGCCUACUGUCUGCACCUUCGGGCAUUCAGCGGCUACCCUGGGCCGAGCUCAUCUGCCCUCGAUUCGUGCACAAAGGGGGCCUCAUGGUGGGACAUCGGCCAAGCACAUUGCCCCCGGAACUGCCUUCUGGACCCCCAGGGCUCCCCAGCCCUCCCCUGGCUGAGGAAGCCCUGGGCACCCGGAGCCCUGGCGAUGGGCACAAUGCCCCUGCCGAAGGACCUGAGGGCGAGUAUGUGGAACUGCUAGAGGUGACCCUGCCCGUGAGGGGGAGUCCCCCGGAUGCAGAGGGCUCCUCAGGCCUCUCCAGGACCCGAACGGUGCCCACCCGCAAGGGUGCUGGAGGGAAGGGCCGCCACCGGAGACACCGCGCCUUGGUGAACCAGAAGGGGCAGGGGCCUCACGACCAGGACGGGGCCCGCCCACCAGGCGAGGGCAGCAGCACUAGUGCCUCCCCCGGGUCUCCCCCAGGAGCCGAGGCUCUCCCUGAGGCUGCAGCCCCCGAGGUGGUCGAGCUCCCUGCAGAGGCACUGGGGGAAACCUCGGAAUCCUGCCUUCUGAGGCCGGGCGAGGUUGGGGGAACAGUCCAGGGGGCCGAAGGACCUCCUGGCACUCCUCGGCGGACAGGCAAAGGAAACAGGAGAAAGAAGCGAGCCCCGGGGAGAGGAGCUGCAGGGAGAGGAGGUGACAGUGCCCCCCUGAGCCCUGGGGACAAGGAAGAGCCGGGUCCUCCGGAAGCCCCCAGCAGCCUGCUGAAGGAGGAGCCCAAGGACUCGGGGAAACCCGAAUCAGAGCCCAAGGAGGAGCUCGGACACGCAGAUGACAAAGAACUUCAGGCCCCAGAGCCCUGCGGGCCUCGUGGGGAGAGGACUCCGGAGAGCGAGCAAGAGGCCCUGAGCCCAGAGCAUGUGGCUGGAGCCACAGGGCCCGGAGAAUCCCUGUCCGACUCCCCAGCACCUCCCCUGGAGGCUGGGCAAGAAGUAAACGGGGACAGUGUCGCAGAAGAGGCUCCCCCAGCCUCCGUCUCUGAUGACCCUGAUGUCGCUUGGGACUUGAUGGCUUCCGGAUUCCUGCUGCUGACGGGUGGGGUGGACCAGAGUGGGCGAGCCCUGCUGACCAUCACCCCACCGAGCCCCCCUGAGGAGCCCCCGCCCUCCCCAGACAUGCUGAGCGCCGCGCUGCGUUACCUCCACUCACUGCUCAGGCCUGAUCUACAGAGAUUGGGGCUGUCCGUUCUGCUGGACCUUCGCCAAGCCCCACCACUGCCUCCAGCUCUCAUCCCUGUCCUGAAUCAGCUCCAGGACGUGGGAGACCCUCCCCUGAUUCAGCGGCUGCUGCUUCUCUCUGUGGAUGACCCUCCCAAGGAACUCCACGGAUUUCAGGGUGCUGAGUUGCUGUCAGAGAAUGACCUGGAAAGAGUGAUCAAGCCAGAGGAGCUGCCCUGGAACAUGGGAGGCCACCGGGACCCAUCUCCCAGACACUGGGUAGAGACACACCAGGAAGUGGCACGGCUGUGCCAUCUGUGCCACGGUGUGUUGGGUUCUGUACGAACAGCCAUUGAGGAGCUGGAAGGAGCUGCAGAGCCGGAGGGAGAGGAGGCGGCUGCAAUGCCUGAGCCACUGCAGAAGGUGCUGGAGGACCCCCGGCUGACAGAGCUGCAGAGGGACGGCGGUGCCAUCCUGAUGAGGCUGCGAUCCACCCACAGCAGCAGGCUGGAGGGGCCAGGUCCAGCUGCGCUGUAUCAGGAGGUGGAUGAAGCCAUUCACCAGCUCGUGCGUCUAUCCAACCUGCAUGUGCAGCAGCAGGAGCAGCAGCAGCGGGUGCGUCGACUCCAGCAGGUGCUGCACUGGCUUUCGGGCCCAGGGGAGGAGCAGCUGGCGAGCUUCGCAGCUCCGGGGGACUCCUUGGCUGCCCUGCAGGAGACAGAACUGCGCUUCCGGGCUUUCAGUGCUGAGGUGCAGGAACGCCUGGCCCAGGCCCAGGAGGCCCUGGCGUUGGAGGAGGACAUCGCCACCCAGAAGGUUCUGGAUGUCUUUGAACAGCGCCUGGAGCAAGCUGAAAGUGGUCUUCAUCGGGCGCUGAGGCUACAGCGCUUCUUCCAGCAGGCACAUGAGUGGGUCGAUGAAGGUUCGGCACGGCUUGCUGGAGCAGGCCCCGGCCGGGAGGCCGUGCUGGCAGCCCUGGCCUUGCGCCGGGCCCCGGAACCCAGCGCUGGCACCUUCCAGGAGAUGCGGGCCCUGGCCCUGGACCUGGGCAGCCCCGCGGCCCUGCGUGAGUGGGGGCGCUGCCGGGCCCGCUGCCAGGAGCUGGAGAGGAAGAUCCAGCAACAGCUGGGCGAGGAGGCGAGUCCCCGAGGCCACCGGCGGCGGCGAACAGACAGCGCCAGCAGCGGGACCUCGAGGGGCCCUCACAGCCCCUCACCCAGCCUCAGCUCCCUGCUGCUCCCCGGCAGCCCCGGGCCGCGGGCAGCCCCCUCCCACUGCUCCCUCGCCCCCUGCGGGGAGGACUAUGAGGAGGAUGGCACCGAGCUAGCCCCCGAGGUCGAUGGCCGGCCCCCGAGGGCCGUGCUGAUCCGAGGCCUGGAGGUCACCAGCACAGAGGUGGUGGACAGGACCUGCUCACCCCGCGAGCACGUACUGCUGGGCCGGGCCGACGGGCCCUGGGGAGUGGGCACCCCCCGGAUGGAGCGCAAGCGAAGCAUCAGUGCCCAGCAGCGGCUGGUGUCUGAGCUCAUAGCGUGUGAGCAGGAGUACGUUGCCACCUUGAGCGAGCCCGUGCCCGUCCCUGGGCCCGAGCUGACCCCAGAACUGCGGAGCUCGUGGGCCGCCGCCCUGAGCGCCCGGGAGAAACUUCGCAGCUUCCAUCGGACACACUUCUUGAGGGAGCUGCAGGGCUGUGCCAACCACCCGCUGCGCAUCGGCGCCUGCUUUCUGCGCCACGGGGACCAGUUCAGCCUUUACGCCCAGUACGUGAAGCACCGACACAAACUGGAAAAUGGCCUGGCUGCACUUGGGCCCCCGACAAAGGGUAACCCGGAGGGCGGCCCUCACCUGCCCCGGGCCCUGCAGCAACCUCUGGAGCAGCUGGCUCGGUACGGAAGGCUCCUGGAGGAGCUCCUUAGGGAGGUCGGGCCGGAGCUGAGUUCUGAACGCCAGGCCCUUGGGGCCGCCAUGCAGCUGCUGCGGGAGCAGGAGACACGGGGCCGAGACCUGCUGGCCGUGGAGGCCGUGCGUGGGUGCGAGACAGAUCUGAAGGAGCAGGGCCAGCUCCUGCAUCGAGACCCCUUCACCGUCAUCUGUGGCCGGAAGAAGUGCCUGCGCCACGUCUUUCUCUUCGAGCACCUCCUGCUCUUCAGCAAGCUCAAGGGCCCUGAGGGGGGGUCAGAGACCUACGUUUACAAGCAGGCCUUCAAGACUGCUGACAUGGGGCUCACAGAAAACAUCGGGGACAGCGGGCUGUGCUUUGAACUGUGGUUUCGGCGCCGGCGUGCGCGAGAGGCGUACACUCUGCAGGCGGCCUCACCGGACAUCAAACUCAAGUGGACCAGCUCAAUCGCCCAGCUGCUGUGGAGACAGGCAGCCCACAACAAGGAGCUUCGAGUCCAGCAGAUGGUCUCCAUGGGCAUUGGGAACAAGCCCUUCCUGGACAUCAAAGCUCUUGGAGAACGGACAUUGAGUGCCCUGCUCACUGGAAGAGCCGCCCGCACCCGGGCCUCGGUGGCCGUGUCAUCCUUUGAGCAUACCGGCCCCUCCCUUCCCGGCCUCUCGCCGGGAGCCUGCUCCCUGCCUGCCCGCGUCGAGGAGGAGGCCUGGGAUCUGGACAUCAAGCAAAUUUCCCUGGCGCCAGAAACACUUGACUCUUCUGGAGAUGGGUCCCCAGGACCAAGACACAGCCCCAGCCUGCAAAAUCCCCACCCUGGAAGCAGCACUCCCACCCUGACCAGUGGAGGGAUCUUAGGGCUGUCUCGCCAGGGCCAUGCUCGAGCCCUGAGCGACCCCACCACACCUCUGUGAGUUGGAGAAGAUCCUGGACUUGGCUACAGUCCCAUCUCUCAGCACAUUUGGGACGGAGACGGCAGAGGGACCCGGAGGAUUACAAGAGCAGUGGUUUCUGUCCUGAGGCUUCCUGGAGAGAGGGCUUGCGUAUUCCUGGUGACCAUCUCUCGCUCUCCCCUAGCCAGAGGCUUCUCCUGCAGGAACCAGUGGCCAUCUCACUUGCCUUAGGGCCUGUCUUCAGUCCUUCCCCAUCCUGACCCUGCCCUGCUCCCAGCACAGGACUCCGUGUCAGCCCCGCCCUCCCACAGCCUGUGUUCUCCCCUUCUUCCUACCCCCAGCUUUCCCUAAGAAGACUCAUCUCUGCUGGGCCAACUGUAGUUCCUGGCGUCUCCAUUCUGCAGUGCCAACAGGAAACAGAGCUAUGCAAAAUAUUCUAGGCGGGGUGGGGCAGGGAACUUCAGACUUUAUACAUGUAAUUACUGCUAUUGUUGUACUAUUGUUAUAUUAAAUGUAUUUACUCACACUUUGUCUCUGAAAAGCUAAAACAGUCCACCUAGUUUGAGCUGGAGCUAUAAACUAGAGCAUUUCCACUCACCCAACCAUUAAUUAGAACAGAGCCCAGGGAGCAAGGUAACCCUGACUGGCCCAAAGCUAGGCCUGAGCUUGGUGGAGUAGGUAGGGCUCCUCCUUUCUCUGAGCUGGUCACAGACAAGCUGAGCUCUCGCAGAGUUCAGCAGCUGUUAAAAUUGAGAGGGCCAAGGGCUGGAGCCAUCGUACAGCAAGUAGGGCAUUUCCUUGCAUGUGGCCAACCUGGGUCCAAUCCCCAGCAUCCCAUAUGGUCCCUCAGCACCGCCAGAAGUAACUCCUGAGUGCAGAGUCAGGAGUUACCCCUGAGCAUCACCAGGUGUGACCCAGAAAGAAAGAAAAAAAAAAUCUAUGAGAGGACCAGAGAGGCAUUACAGGAGAUGAGGUGCUUGCUCAUGUAUGGCCAAACAAGGUUAGCUAAAAAAAAAAAAAAAAUACCUGUCACACAUGGUUCCCUGAAACACUAACUGCUGGGAGUGGCCCCUAAACACAGAAUUGGCAAUAGCCCCCAAGCACCACCAGGUGUGGCCCGAAAACCCAACAAUAAAAUGAGGUCCUCAGACCACCUUGCAUGAUGAUCCCCAGUGCUACUUGUUACAUGCUAAUUCCAGGGCCCAUCCCGGGGCUACUGAAUGGGAAAUCUAGGCGGGUGAAGACAGGAGCCUGCCUUUCCCACCAAGCCCUGCAGAUGACUGCUUUCUGGACAUUACAGUCCCAGGAGGACAGGACAGAGGCAGACAGACACAGUGCCCUGUGCCUCAAGACACCUGUUUAUUGGGGACACAACUCUGCGACAGGGAAUGACAGGAAUUGUACCAAAAAUAGCGAGGUCUACAGGGCCCCUGAAGGGGCUAGAAGGGUACAGUGCCCCCACCCCCACCCAUUGUACAAAAAUAAA